ACAUCAGGUAGGUUGUUCUAAUUUCCAGCAUCACCAAAAGAAGGCAAGGCCAGCUCCUUGUACUUGGUGGGGCGAUUUUGAUUAACUGUACAGACAGAACUGUAGAUCAUUCAUUGUGUCCCUGCAAACCAACAGCCUGUUUGCAUACCCAGCUUCUGCAGAAUUGGUGAUACUUCGGCCUACCGCAAAUGGUGAAGUUCAGACUACCCAGUCGUCCCUAAGCAUGAAAUACACCACACUCCAACACACCAUGUUUCACCCGCCAGGCCAAUGAAGACGUCUGCACUCAAGGACACGUGUCACUAAAUCGUCCAGCAGUUUGACCGUGUAGGAGGGAGGGACAGGGAAAUCCGAGACAGAGCCACCCAGGGUGCCGUCACCGGCCGGGUCCUGCGCACGCGCAGUGGCCGGCCACCCGGGAUCUUUCACCCCGGCCGGUGGAGGUGGACGGCAGCGCAUGCGCACUGUGCUGCUGCCGUAACCCUGCCCAUUGAGUGUUGGCAAGUAGCAAGGAACCGGCAACAAUAACGAGUACUACUACUAUACUAGUGUUGUCAGCGCGAAGAACGACUGCCGGAUUCAUUCACCAUGCGGCGGUGAGGCUGCGGCAUUGACUUGACUUCUCCGGCGGUUUGUUUGCGGCAGCUCUGAGCCUGAGGCCUGCGACUGGCGGCGGGACCGACCGGUUGAUAAAGAUGAACGGCUCCAGGAAAUAUAUCUCCAUCAGUGUCCCCGACGCGCCCGAUUCCAUGUCCCCUCACAUCAAGUCGGCGGAGCAGCUGCGAGUGAUCGGCUUCAAUCUGGGUGACUGUUCCAGGUCUAUGCAGUUCGUCAUUUGUGUGACUGGAGUCUUCGUCUUCUAUCUCGUGUAUGGAUACCUGCAGGAGCUCAUUUUCUCAUUGGAAGGCUUCAAACCCUUCGGCUGGUACCUAACUCUGGUGCAGUUUGCUUUUUAUUCCACGUUUGGACUGGUUGAGCUUCAAUUCACGCAGGACAAGAGAAGGAGAAUCCCCUGGAAAACAUAUAUGCUGAUAGCAUUUCUAACAGUGGCAACUAUGGGAUUAUCAAAUACCUCGCUUGGUUAUCUGAAUUAUCCAACUCAAGUAAUUUUUAAGUGCUGCAAGUUGAUUCCUGUAAUGAUAGGAGGAGUCUUCAUACAAGGCAAACGGUACAAUUUUGUAGAUGUUUCGGCUGCACUUUGUAUGAGCCUUGGCCUAAUUUGGUUCACUUUGGCUGAUAGCAAAGUGGCACCUAACUUCAAUUUUGCAGGAAUAGCGCUCAUAUCAAUGGCACUCUGUGCAGAUGCAGCUAUUGGAAAUGUACAAGAGAAAGCUAUGAAAUUGCAUAAUGGUUCAAAUUCAGAAAUGGUUUUAUAUUCCUAUUCGAUAGGUUUUCUAUAUAUAUUAAUGGGUUUGGUUUGUACCCGUGGACUGGGCCCUGCUUUUGUCUUUUGUUCUAGGCAUCUACUGCAGACGUAUGGAUAUGCAUUUGUGUUUUCAUUGACAGGAUAUUUUGGAAUUUCCUUUGUACUAGCCUUGAUAAAGCUCUUUGGUGCACUAGUAGCUGUAACAGUAACCACGGGAAGAAAAGCAAUGACCAUUGGUCUUUCAUUUCUCUUCUUUUCAAAGCCUUUUACUUUGCACUAUAUCUGGUCAGGUCUUCUGGUCCUCAUUGGUAUCUUCCUGAAUAUUUACAGCAAAAACAAGGACAUAAUUAGGCUGCCUUCACUGACUGACAUUCGGAAUAAAAUCUGGAAAAGGCAAAUGAGACCUACUUCAGAGAGGGUGUAGAGUCCACAUUGGUUUUCACUUCUGAUUUGAUUGGACAUUGCCAUCACUGGUUGGCCUUGACAGGACAUUCUGCAUAAGUGCACUUGUAUGCCUACUGUUAAUGCCACUGAUGACCAGUUGUACGAUAAGAAAAACAUGAUCAAUCAAAGCUGGAAAAAUAUGAACUUUACAAAUGUGGUAAAAGGGAACAAUGUAAAGCUUGGACUAUGUUUUCCAUAACUAUCACAAUGAUUGUUUACUAAUAAUGCAUAUAAAAUUCCAGACUUUUGAAUUACAGUACUUUCACUUGGUCCCUCUGUGCUUUGUCUUUGUUUGAAUUCUGAGCAGUGGUCUGUGCUUUUUAAGUUUUGUAAAUAAAUCAAAUUUGUGUUCUG